AUGAAGCCUGACUUGCACACAACAUCCCUCUUCACGAAUACACUGGCUACAAAGAUGGCGAUCCUCCACGUCGAGGUACUUGUGCAAUCAUACGUGCUGCUCUUGGCCACGUUGGCAAUAGCGGCUGUCGUUGUAGCGCUGCAUCUUGGCAGCCGGGCCAAGACGUCCAGAGCGCAAGCCAAGAACGAGGCCGAUCUGCCUCCCAUCCUGGAUCUCAACCAAACUUUUGGCCGAGAAGCAAGGCCUCGCCAUCUGGCGCCGCAAUUUUCUCAGCCAGCCUGGGUGGAAAGAGGAGUGUUUCGACUCGAGAGCUCUAGCGACUCUUCAUGGUUGUCAUGGCUCCAGCUGCUACCCUGCACGCGUCCUGCUUCAGUAACCAUCGUACUCAACAAUGCCAAAGCUGCGUCAGACCUGCUCGAUAUUCGCUCUGCUAUCUACUCGGAUCGCCCUGCUGCAGUGACUGGUAAUCAGCUGCGUAGCCACGGCCUCAGCGUGCCGUUCACGCCGUAUGGCCAUCUUUUCCGUCGUCAUCGACGUGCUUUCACAGCCGCCUUCGCGCGUGCUUCUGUUCCGCGAUACGAUGACAAUGUGCGCUCGGAUCUGCUAGCCUUGUUGCGAACGCUGACCCACCAUUCUGCACAGACGCGAUCGACUGAUUCAAACCAUGAUUGGUUUCAGCACCUCUAUCGCUUUGUCACUUCCCAGACCAUGCACACCACCUAUGGCCGCCGCGUGGAGAACCUGGAUACCGAUGCGUUUGUUCUCACAGCCAAGCAGUGCAACGAAAACUUCUUCGCAAUGAACAAGCCUAGCGGUUUCCUCGUCGAUCGAAUGCCCUUUCUUGCAAGUCUUCCGUUUUGCAUCAACCCGUGGAAGCAGAUGUGCGAGCCGUGGUUCCAAAAGGAACUACAUCUCUUUCGUUCGGAAAUGCUAGCCAGCGCCAAUGAAAGCACGCGCAAGCCAAGCCUUGCGCAAAACGUGUAUGCAACGCGGCUUGAAUCGGGACUGACCGACGAUCAAGCGGCAUACCUCUGCGGAACCAUGUACGGUGCAAGCGUCGACACGACUUUCCAAGCGCUCUGCGUCUUUUUCCUCGCAGCGGCCAACCAUGCCGACGACAUGCGCCCGGUCCAGGAUGAGAUCGAUCACGUAGUCGGGAAAGACAGGCUGCCAACCCACGAGGAUCUCGACUCACUUCCGCGUAGCAAAGCUGUGGUCAAGGAGAUGCUACGCUGGCGGCCCUUUGCACACGCAGCCGCACCUCACCGUGUGCUCGAGCAAGACGAGUAUGACGGAAUGCAGAUCCCUAAGGGUGCCACCGUGUAUGGCAAUGUAUGGGCCAUCCACCAGGAUCAGCGUCUUUUCGAGCAGCCGCAGGACAGCCAAUGGAUUCAUCGUGACGCUCUGCCAUCGCGCCGCGACAUGUUUUCCUUUGGCUUCGGACGGCGAAUCUGCCCCGGCGAACAACUGGCGAUGCGCACUCUCACUCUAACAGUUGCAUGCCUACUGAGUGCGUUCGAUAUUCGCGCACCCAUCGAUCCAUCCACAGGCAAGGAAGCGCGUUUGGACGACACGGCUUUCCACACCGACAGCCUAUCCAGCACACCCAUUCCUUUCGCCAUACGCCUGAUUCCGAGGGGUGAGCGUCGGCUCCGAGACAUGUUGCAGAUGCAAACUUAA